AUGAAGCUUUUGGUAUUUCUCGUGCUAUGGCUAUCCUACGGGUUUGCUAAGACAAUAUUUGAAAUGGAUUUCGAAGAGGAAUCCAGCCAAUUCCAGACAGGCGAUUUAGACUGCAACCCUGAGCUGCCAACACUUGAGGUUCAUGACUGGAUCAUUGAUGAUGAAAUUACAUUUGAGAUGGUCAAGAAAAAGUAUAAAGUCUUUAUAUUAGGAAUUGUCAACCCUGGAUUACAAAGCUCAUCCCAAAAUUCUACUUGAGAAGAAUGCUGCAAAAGCGAAGGAAUGCUCAAGAAUGUUCAAAAAUGGCUCGAGGAUAACCCCUAUAAGAAAGAAAUUCCAAUUGUUCGAGUUGAUUAUUCAACCCAUAAAGAUGCUGUUUAUAAGGAAGGAAUUGCACCUUCGAAAGGAGCAAUUGUUAAAUUAUACCAUGGGAAGUAUUUUGAUUAUGAGGAGAACUUUCAGGCUCAUUUGUUCCUACAUUUCCUCAACAGACAUUUAUACCCAAUUGUGUUGUUAAAGAGCAAAGAAGGUAUUGAUAAGUUUACAAAUACUACACUAGAAUGGGAGGAGAAUACUCCAUUUCCUUCACAACCAAUCCCUGAUUAUUUCAAGAACUAUCAGAUGGUAACACGUGUGGUUGCUUUCGUGAAGGACAAGUCCGACUUAAAAUCAGAAUUACAGGAUCUGAAGGAGGCAGCCCUUGAUUCAGCCAUUCGUAAUGAUCUAAGAGUUGCUAAAGUGACAAAGAAGUCUCUAGUAGAUUACUAUAAGGAGAAAAUGGGAGACCUUUGGUUUGAUGAAUAUUCUCAUAACUCUAUUGUUCUUUUUAGCAACACUGAGAACACCCGAGACACAAGGUACUACAAUUUGGAUGCUGAUAAUAUCCCUAUCUUGGAGUUCUUGUGUAGAAGAAGUAUGGCACCAGUGCCAAAGCUCAAUGCAUUUGUACAAAGAAUCCAUACAGUUUUGAAGAAGCCUCUUUUCAUUGCAUUUGUUGACUUUAACGAUAUCCAUUCAGCAGAUCAAUCGAGGGAUCUGAUAAAAACUCUGAGAAUUCUGGAAGACACUUUGAAAUAUGUUGUUUUUGGAAGAAUAGAAGAUAACGAAAGUCACACACAGAGGAAAAGAGAUAUAGGCAUCACUUGGGAUGGUCUCCCCACACUGGCCUAUAGUAACUCAGGUUUGGGCAAUCAAUGUGUCUUUCCUCAGACACAUCCAUUGACUCUUGACAACAUUCAUGACUUCGUUAAGGCAUGCCUGACUGGAAAAUUCCGCUCAAAUUUUGAGUUCAGGGAUACUUUUGAGAAUAUAAAGAAAUAGUUGCUCAAUAAA